AUGAUGACUGUAAACCUCAUGAAAGAACAACAGCCUCCGCUUCCUGUCGAAGAUGAUGAAUGUGAUUCGAGUUAUUAUUCUCGUCCAACAACAAAAACCUCUACUCUAUCUACUUCUCUCUAUCGUGUUGCAAGUUCUGAUGAAAUAAGUGACUUUUUACAACAACAGUCUCUUCGCUUAACAAAUGAGAAUCGUCUUGACAAUGCAGAUAGUGAUUGCAGUAUGGAUGGAAGUUUACUGUCCAGUUUUACACGAACUACCGUGUCACUAUUACCACAAACACCGAUAACAAAAAGCACUCUAAAACCAGUGACAACAGCAUCUGCAACGUACACGAAACCGAUCACACCUUAUUUAAGUCAAUCAUGUUUUGCAUCCAUAACUUCUACGCCUAUUAAAUUAAAAUCUGAUCAUGAUUUAACGGAAUUAUCUUGGCUGAAUAACUUCAAAGUGGACCAACAAAUUGAAACAGCGAUAAAAGAUGAAGUUCACUCAGGCACUGGCGAUCAACAACAAGAUGAAGAAAAUAAAACGACUAAAUUAUUGGCAAAAUUAAUAUCAGAAUUGAAACAAGUUGAUCCAAGACAAAUGGAAUUAGCAUCAACUACAACGAAUCAAGAUAAACCACUAUUAUCGUAUGGUGUAAUCAUAUUUCUGUCCUUAAAAGCUCAGACAAAGUCAUGGUGUUUAUCAAUUAAAGAUUUAUACGAAGAUAUUCAAGAAAAGUAUCCGUAUUAUAAAACAGCUAAACGAGGUUGGAAGAAUGCAAUCAGAGAUACGCUCGUUCAAAUACCAUGUUUCAAAAAAGUGAAGAGAGAAGCCAUACCUCAUCAUCAUCGUAGUGUAUGGACAAUCGAUCCUUACUAUCGACCUUUAUUAAGCAAGGCUUUUGGUUCCAUACCAGUACAAAAAACAGUAACUGAUAUACCCAAACAGAAAGAUGCAUUAUCCAAUGCUACACCUAAUCAACACGAUUCUACAACAACAAAUGAAUCAAAAUGUCCAUCAUCGAUUUUAAGUGACUUUGCCCCGAAAGCAACAGUGAAAUCCAAAGAAUUAUUCCCUCGUUUAUUUGAAAAAUUUUGUGAGCAAACUGAUACUAACGAUCAUGAAGCUGAUUCGAAUCAUGUUCGAUCAACAGACACCGCAUCAUUACCGAUUAAACCAUCUUCAUCCUCAGCGAAAAGACGUGCACCGGAAAACAGUGAUAAUAAUUCAAAUAAAUCAAAUUUAAUUCAAUCUUCUUCAAAACGUACUCGUGAUUCAAAAUUAUGGCGUAGUAAAAAAAUAUUACAACGUUAUUCAAACUCUCAAAUACGAGAUUCAAAAAGACAACGACAAAAUUCUAUUGAUAACGAUGAUAGGAAAAAAAGUGGCGAGGAACAUGCUCGUCGUCGUACAUCAAUCGUCGUCAAAUCAUCUACUCCCAUUAUUUAUACUCCUUUUCCAAGUACAGAUCAUACCUAUGGAAUUUGUAUUAUCAAACGAAGAACACAAAAAAGAAUCAGAUCAACCGGGAGUUCCGUUGGCUCGAUCGAAUACAACGAUUGCUCUAAACAUCUUGCAAAAGCAAAAAUUCUAACAACUCAAAAUAGUAAUUUAGUAGAAGAAGAUGAUGAAGCCGAUAGUUCUAGAUCUCCUAGAAAAAAAAUAGAAAAAACAACACCGAAAUCACCUCCACCCGUUUCUCGUCGUCAACCAAUCGCCACUCGUUCUAAAUCGAAACAGAGUGAACUUAAACGAAAAUUAAGACCAGUUCAGUCGCUUAUUGUGGAACCAUCACCAACUAACCGUAAACAAAAAAUGUCGACAAAAACUCGUCGACAGUCUUCCUCUAGGCCCUCUCAAACUGCAAAGAUUCGACGACCAAAUCGUCCGCGAGUAACACCGCUAGUAUCCAAUCGUAUAAAUAGGCGUGUUAUCGAAGAAGAUUUAGAACUUUUAAGACAAAGUACAAAUCAAGUUGCGCAACCACUUGAUUUAACUGUAAUAAGAAAGCGGCCGUUGUUAUCAUCACAUGAUUUACUAAAAUUAUCCGAAGUUGCGUCAAAUGCUCUCGAAGAAUUAGAGCAACAAAAACAACAACAGCAACACGAAAACAGUGAAAUUCUAAAUAUAGAAGAAAUUGGCAAUGACGAUGGUGUAUUAGAUUUAUCGAUGACAAGCGCACAUUCAGAACAUUAA